CAUAAAUCAUAUAUAAACAUAUAUAUAGCAAAAUGUGUCAUUGGAAGCUUUUUUUUGCUCUAAUAAUUGUUCUUCAUGUUCAUAAUACUCGAAUCCUUACUCGAGCUAUCAUAUUUCGUGAAUACAUAGGAGCAAAUUUUGAAAAUGUUAGAUUUUCCGAUGCACCUAUUAACCCGAAUAUCCAAGUUCAUUUCUUACUCUCUUUUGCCAUUGAUUAUACAACCGGGUCAUUUCCAAAACCCACAAACGGAAAGUUUAAUGUGUUUUGGGACUCGGAUAACCUUGGCCCGGCUCAAGUUCUCGCGAUCAAACGCCAACACCCGAAUGUUAAAGUUGGGUUAAGUAUUGGAGGGGACAGUGUUGGGGAUAAACAUGUCGAUUUCACUGUUGUUUCGGUGGAUUCAUGGGUGUCUAACGCCGUUUCUUCCCUCACUCGUCUUAUAAAACAAUAUAAUCUAGAUGGAAUUGAUGUAGACUAUGAACAUUUUAAUAAUGUUGCACCUAGUAUAUUUACACAAUGCAUAGGUCGGGUUAUCUCAAUUUUAAAAAAUAAUCGGGUCAUUUCAUUUGCUUCUAUUGCGCCUUAUGAUGAUAGUGAAGUUCAAAAACAUUACAUGGCUCUAUGGAAGAGUUUUGGACAUGUUUUCGACUAUGUUAACUUCCAAUUUUACGCCUACGAUAAGAGGACCACUGUGGCUCAGUUUCUAAGACACUUUGAUUCACAAGUGGCUAAUUACAAUGGGGGUAAGGUCUUGGUUAGCUUUAGUACGGAUACAAGUGGUGGUCUAAAGCCAUAUAAUGGGUUCUUUACGGCAUGUCAGACACUCAAGAGCCAGCGUAAGCUCAACGGGAUCUUCGUUUGGUCUGCUGAUAACUCGAAAGCGGAUGGAUUUAGGUAUGAGAAGCAAGCACAGGCAUUGUUAGCAAAAGCUUAAUAGUACUAGCAAGCAUGUUCUGUUAAGUCAUGGGUGUUCAAAUUUUAUUUCAACUUUGCAUGGAGUGUGGUAAAAUGUAGUAGAAUUUGCUAGUUUAGUUAAGCUUCUUGUAUGGUUCUUUUAUGUGUUAAUUAGUAUGAGAAAAUUAAGUA